CCACUCACCCAGCGCAUUCCGCCACCCGCUGGCUCGCGGGGAAACUUCCUUAUUAUUGUGACGCCGGGAGCGGAGACACCCGGAGUCCGGCCGGAGGGACUGUCACAGUCGGAAUCCCCGAGCGGCGGUGCAGCGCCUGCCAAGAUCUGCAGGGUGAGGGGUAACCAUCUGGCUCCUUGUCCAAAUGCCAAGUGUGUGACCUGUGGCUACAUGAGUCCCUGAAGGAUAAGAACAAUGUUAUGUUGGGGAUAUUGGUCUCUGGGCCAGCCUGGAAUCAGCACUAACCUACAAGGCAUUGUGGCCGAGCCGCAGGUGUGCGGGUUUAUAUCGGACAGAAGUGUCAAGGAGGUGGCCUGUGGAGGAAACCACUCCGUGUUCCUGCUGGAGGACGGGGAGGUGUACACCUGCGGCCUGAACACCAAGGGGCAGCUGGGCCACGAGAGGGAAGGGAAUAAGCCAGAGCAAAUUGGAGCGUUGGCAGAUCAGCAUAUUGUCCAUGUGGCAUGUGGCGAGUCCCACAGCCUGGCUCUCAGUGACCGGGGCCAGCUGUUUUCUUGGGGUGCAGGGAGUGAUGGUCAGCUGGGACUCAUGACUACUGAGGACUCAGUGGCAGUGCCCAGGUUAAUACAAAAGCUGAACCAGCAGACAAUCUUACAAGUUUCCUGUGGCAAUUGGCAUUGCUUGGCUCUUGCAGCUGAUGGUCAGUUCUUCACCUGGGGAAAGAACAGCCAUGGGCAGCUGGGCCUGGGGAAGGAGUUUCCCUCCCAGGCCAGCCCGCAGAGGGUGCGGUCCCUGGAGGGGAUCCCGCUGGCUCAGGUGGCUGCAGGAGGGGCCCACAGCUUUGCCCUGUCUCUCUCAGGAGCCGUUUUUGGCUGGGGGAUGAAUAAUGCAGGGCAACUAGGGCUCAGUGAUGAAGAAGAUCGAGAGUCCCCUUGCCAUGUGAAACUUUUACGAACGCAAAAAGUUGUCUAUAUUAGUUGUGGAGAAGAACACACAGCAGUCCUCACAAAAAGUGGAGGUGUGUUUACCUUUGGUGCUGGUUCCUGCGGGCAACUUGGACAUGAUUCCAUGAAUGAUGAGGUUAAUCCAAGAAGAGUUCUAGAGCUGAUGGGCAGUGAAGUAACUCAGAUUGCUUGUGGCAGACAACACACCCUUGCCUUUGUGCCUUCUUCUGGACUCAUCUAUGCAUUUGGUUGUGGAGCAAGAGGUCAACUAGGAACUGGACACACUUGUAAUGUGAAGUGCCCGUCUCCUGUGAAGGGUUACUGGGCCGCCCAUAGUGGUCAGCUUUCAGCCACUGCUGAUCGCUUUAAAUAUCAUAUUGUUAAGCAGAUCUUCUCUGGAGGAGACCAAACUUUUGUACUUUGCUCCAAAUAUGAGAAUUCUUCUCCUGCUGUUGACUUCAGGAUUAUGAAUCAAGCACAUUAUACCAGUUUAAUAAACGAUGAAACCAUAGCAGCUUGGAAACAAAAACUCUCAGAACACAACAAUGCAAAUACAAUCAAUGGUGUUGUUCAGAUAUUAUCUUCUGCAGCCUGUUGGAAUGGAAGUUUUCUUGAAAAAAAAAUUGAUGAACAUUUUAAAACAAGUCCAAAAAUCCCUGGGAUUGACCUGAACUCAACGAGGGUAUUAUUUGAGAAGUUAAUGAACUCGCAACAUUCUGUGAUUCUAGAACAGAUCUUAAACAGCUUUGAAAGUUGCCUGAUUCCCCAGUUGUCAAGUUCACCACCAGAUGUUGAAGCCAUGCGAAUCUAUUUAAUACUACCUGAGUUCCCCCUGCUCCAGGAUUCCAAGUAUUAUAUAACGUUGACUAUUCCCUUGGCUAUGGCCAUUCUGAGGCUGGAUACAAACCCUAGCAAAGUAUUAGAUAACUGGUGGUCUCAGGUAUGCCCGAAAUAUUUCAAGAAGCUGGUAAACCUCUAUAAAGAUGCAGUUGUUUAUCUACUUCAAGGAAGAAAGACAUUCUUAAUUCCUGUACUGUUUAACAGUUAUAUUACAGCAGCUCUCAAGCUCUUGGAAAAGUUAUAUAAGGUAAACCUUAAAGUGAAGCAUGUGGAAUAUGAUGCAUUUUACAUUCCUGAGAUUUCCAGUCUUGUGGACAUUCAGGAAGACUACCUCAUGUGGUUCUUGCAUCAAGCAGGCACGAAGGCUAGACCAUCUGUAAUACAGGAUGCUGUAACACUUUGUUCCUACCCUUUCAUCUUUGAUGCCCAAGCCAAGACCAAAAUGUUACAAACAGAUGCUGAACUACAGAUGCAGGUGGCAGUCAAUGGAGCCAACCUGCAGAAUGUCUUCAUGCUUCUCACCUUGGAGCCUCUGCUGGCCAGAAGCCCCUUCCUGGUUCUUCACGUUCGCAGGAACAACCUCGUUGGCGAUGCCCUGAGAGAGCUGAGCAUUCAUUCUGACAUCGAUCUGAAAAAGCCUCUCAAAGUAAUCUUUGAUGGUGAAGAAGCAGUGGAUGCUGGUGGUGUCACAAAGGAGUUCUUUCUUUUACUGUUAAAAGAACUUUUGAAUCCCAUCUAUGGAAUGUUUACCUACUAUCAAGAUUCAAAACUCUUGUGGUUUUCAGAUACAUGUUUUGUAGAGCACAACUGGUUUCACCUGAUUGGCAUAACCUGCGGACUAGCCAUCUAUAACUCCACCGUGGUCGAUCUCCACUUCCCACUGGCUCUCUAUAAGAAGCUACUGAAUGUAAAUCCUGGCUUGGAGGACUUAAAGGAGCUUUCACCCACUGAAGGAAGGAGUCUUCAAGAACUUUUAGAUUACCCUGGGGAAGAUAUUGAGGAGACUUUCUGCCUCAACUUUACAAUUUGUCGAGAAAGCUAUGGAGUGAUUGAACAGAAGAAGCUGAUACCUGAGGGAGACAAAGUGACUGUGUGCAAGGAUAACAGGCAGGAAUUUGUGGAUGCUUACGUGAACUACAUCUUCCAGCUCUCCGUUCACGAAUGGUACACAGCGUUUUCCAGUGGCUUCCUCAAGGUGUGUGGUGGCAAAGUGCUUGAGCUCUUCCAGCCUUCGGAACUAAGAGCCAUGAUGGUGGGGAACAGCAACUACAACUGGGAGGAGCUGGAGGAGACUGCCAUCUACAAGGGAGAUUACUCAGCCACACAUCCCACUGUGAAACUAUUUUGGGAAACAUUUCAUGAGUUUCCACUGGAAAAGAAGAAGAAGUUUCUCUUGUUCCUGACGGGCAGCGAUCGGAUCCCCAUCUAUGGCAUGGCGAGCCUGCAGAUUGUCAUCCAGUCCACGGCCAGCGGGGAGGAGUACUUGCCUGUGGCCCACACUUGCUAUAACCUCCUCGAUCUCCCCAAAUACAGCAGCAAAGAGAUCCUGAGGGCGCGGCUGACCCAGGCCUUGGACAACUACGAGGGCUUCAGUUUGGCCUGAGGCCCCGGCUUGCCCCAGAUCCCCCUCCUUCCUCGGUGUGCACAUGGAGGCCUAUACAGAAAAUCAUGGGGAGUGAGCUCUAUUUUUUUAUUGCAUACGUGUGUGGGGACUUUUGAAUCCUGAACCUGGUUGAUGUGUUUCUGGGGUUGUAUGCAGUCAGAAACCUUCUUGAGAAGUCGGGGGUCGGGGGAUGGGUGAAAAAUUGGCUGUUGUAUAAGAGGGUGUUUUUGUUUUUAAACCAAAUGACGGAGUGCUCCUUGCACUCGUGAAUAUGUUGCACUCCGCUGGAUGCAAUGGCAGCGGUUCUUAAAUUCUCAUUCCCCAAAUGUCUCUCUCAGCUCUGGUCUUUCCUUACAGUGCUUCCUCUUCCUUCUCUUAACAUCUCAUUCCUUCGCACGAGUGGUUUUAACUGAUCUGUCCUUUCCUACUGGCACACACAGACUGUCUCCUCUCCCUGGCUUGUCGCAGCCCUAUUCUAAGGACUAGGAGGAAAGGGCUACUUCAGAAACUCCCACUUCCAGCUCACUGAGUGCGGGUCCAUUACUUGGCUGAACUCUUGAGAAUUCAAGGGAGCCUUUAUGAACACAUUUUGCUUAAAAAAAAAAAAAAGUUUUGAGGGAUUAGCAAACUCCUUCUGGCUCUCCCUGUCCUUAAAGAAGUGCAGAGUAGCUUAGAGUGGCAGCUGAGCUUAAUUUAUUUUGUUGCUCAGCCAAAUUCCUUCUGACAGGAAGGUGAGGUGAUUAAGUUUUUUUUAGAGUUUCUUCUCUAAGAAAAGUAAAAAUAAUGAAUUUCUUGUUCUGUCCUCUACCACUGUCUGUUUCCUCCCUCCUGUCUUUUUCCCUUUCCUACCCUUCCCUUACUACUUUUUCUUUCACUUCAUCUCAUUCUGUUACCCGACUUAUGCUCCCUUCCUCCCCUCUCCUAAUGGAUGCCUGUGGUCUAUUUUUUUAUUCCUAUUUAAAUUGCAAAAUUUCUAUUCAGAUUUCCCCCCCUCUUCCCUAAUUGCUAAGACUUAAGGAUGUUCUUUAUGCUGGAACUUUUGUUUAUUGCAUUUGAAAUGUUUGUUUACAGUGGGAUUGGGGGGACGAUUGCGUUGAAAGCAGAUAUAUGUAUCUCAAACAUCAUGACAUGUUCAACCUUCUUCCGUGUGGGAUAGGAAAAUUCUACAUGGUCAAAGAAUCCAUGUGAACCUGAUUUUAAAUGCCUAGUCACUAGAGAAAGACUUAUUUAUAUAAAAUGAAGUAUUUAUGAAUCUUGAUAUAGCAUCAAAUCUCAAUGAAGGAUUGUAGAUUUUUGAUUUUGUUUUUCUGUUUUUAAAAUGUAUUCCAAUUGCUAAAUUGGUAGUUUUUUCAGUCUUUAUAAUACAAGGUUAAAAAGAAGAUAUACAGUUAUAUGAAAUGUUUAUUUUCUAUGUGUGUGCAUAUAGUUCAAUAUUAUGCAAUAAAUUUGGUGUUUUAACUUAAAA